AUGGCGAACCCAGUCACUUCCACCACUCCGUCACGCCCCCUUCCCCCUCGACCAACGCAACAGCACAAAGAGCAGCUCCGCCCUGUGACUCCCACGGAGCCUCUCACUCACCCAGCACUCAGGAAAGUGGCAUCGGCGACGACGACACGGCUUGAACCAGUCAUGGAGGGCGAUGCCAAAUUCCUUCGCGAGGUGGAAAAGCCACCCCCAGGCGAACAAUUACGGAGGAAGAUGUCUUCACCUGCGCUCUCAAGGCACAGAAGCCGCUACUUUGAGCGAGCCUUUGGGUCGCCUCGAGAGCUUGAGGAGGAGACGGAAAAUGUGAGGGCACAGGCAAUAGUGUUGGCAGAGAUCAAGACAAACGUGAUUAUCAACGACGAGGCGGCAUUCAUGAGCAACCUUGCAUCUCUCAUCGCGAGGCGCUACGACCGGCCCAUCACGUCCGUCGCCGUGACCGUUGAGCACGGCGUGUGCAUGCUCUUCAGCGGGACCUUCGACCCGGCAUAUACCAUCACGAUACACGCCAUUCCAUCGCUGGUACAGCCAGUGACGAACAAGAGAAACCUGGCCUUGCUGCAACACCACCUCGAAUGCGCACUCAGAGUGCCUUCUUCGAGAGGACUGGUACGGUUUGCGAGCGUCCCAGAGGACUGCUUUGGACGAAACGGACGGACAGUCGCCGGGGAUAUUAUGGAAGCCGUCGGAGCCGCUACGUUAAACUCUCUCGAGGAGGGGACCGUAGCUCCAACCCGAACUUCCAAAAAGGAAGACUUUCAAUACACGCCCAAGUCCUCGAUCCCCUCCGAAACGAAGGCUGGUGCCAGGUUGGAGAGAAUGCCACGGGAAGGGACAAAUGGGAAUACGCUAGGACAUGAGCUGGAACCUCCUCCUAGACGGUCAUCAAGUGAGGCAGUGGGAUCUCCGGCACGUCUCAGAGGAUUGAAGAACAAGCGGAGUCUUCAAUUUAUCUCAUCAUUGUUUAAUAAGCCAUCGAAACCGAGUCAAGAGGCAACCCAGCCUCAAGUGGAAGAUAGAUCAAAAUCGGGAGAUUAA